GGCGGGGCCGGGCCGGGCCGGGGGCAGCAGCCGGAGGCGGCGAGGCAGCGGCCGGCCAGCGAGCGGCGGCGGGCAGAAGCCAUUCCCAGCACCACCCAGGCUGAGUUUUCCGUGCCAUGUCCAUCAUGGUGGAAGCUGGAGACAGCCCCUCAGAGCGGAUGACGUCCGAGGGCAUCAUCAUCAACACGCGGCAGGUGAUGAAGGGCUUGGAGGCCUUGCGGAGCGAGAACAAGAGCAUCCACCGGCGGCUGCAGGAGGCCUUGCGGAAGGAGCAGCAGCUCUGGAGUGCGAGGGAGGACGUGGCAGCCUCCGUGGACCUGCAGGCUCUGGAACUUCUGGAGGAGAAGCACAGCCUCGUGUGCAAGAGCCUGGAGGGGAUCGAGCUGGGCAUUGCAGAAGCCCAGAUGAUGAUUGCGCUGUCCUCGCACAUCGGGGCGCUGGAGGCUGAGAAGCAGAAGCUGCGGGCCCAGGUGAAGCGCCUCUGCCAGGAGAACCUCUGGCUGCGGGAGGAGCUGGCCGCCACCCAGCUGCGGCUGCAGCACAGCGAGGAGACGGUGGCCCAGCUGGAGGAGGAGAAGCAGCACCUGGCCUUCCUGAGCCAGCUGCAGCAGUACCAGCCCCAAGAGGAGCAGGCAGAGAAAGACGAUCUGGAUGACAGAAAGGACAGCCUGUCGUCCCUUUUCCCCAGCGAAGACGACGACCAGAGGCAGGGUGCAGCUGCUCAGCAAGGCGGUUACGAGAUCCCUGCACGCCUCCGGACCCUGCACAACUUGGUCAUCCAGUAUGCCUCUCAGGGGCGCUACGAAGUGGCCGUGCCCCUUUGCAAGCAGGCGCUGGAAGACCUGGAGAAGAGCUCCGGCCACAGCCACCCCGACGUCGCCACCAUGCUGAACAUCUUGGCCCUGGUGUACAGGGACCAAAACAAGUACAAAGAGGCGACGGAGCUGCUGAACGAUGCCCUCGACAUUCGAGAGCAGACCCUGGGAGGGGAGCACCCAGCGGUGGCUGCCACCCUCAACAACCUUUCCGUGCUCUAUGGCAAGCGUGGGAAGUACACGGAGGCAGAGCCGUUGUGCAAACGGGCCCUGGAGAUCCGGGAGAAGGUGCUGGGCAUGGAUCACCCGGAUGUGGCCAAGCAGCUAAACAACCUGGCCCUUUUAUGCCAGAACCAGGGCAAAUUCGAGGAGGUGGAGCAGUACUACCAGCGGGCCCUGCGCAUCUACCAGACCCGGCUGGGCCCCGAUGACCCCAAUGUGGCCAAAACCAAGAACAACCUGGCUUCCUGCUACCUGAAGCAAGCCAAAUACCAGCAAGCCGAGGAGCUGUACAAGGAGAUCCUGUCCACACACGACCAGGAAUUGGCUGCCAGGCGGGGCGAUGAGAGCGGAACUCGAGCAGGAAGAGAUGAGCAACCGGGCCAAGAUGCUCCGGGCCACCUCAGGCGCAGCAGUUCCUUCUCCCGCUUCCGGGAGUCGAUCAAACGUGGCAGCGAGAAGCUGGUCUCCAAACUCAAAGGGGAAGGGGUCCGACGUGGCCCUGCGCCCCCACCCUCAGGGAUGAAGAGGGCCUCCUCCCUCAACGUCCUGCACGUGGGCGAGAGACCGGCCGCUGUGCCCCCCACGCGGCCUGGCCAGCCCUUGCCCAGCUCACGCAGCCUGAGCUCCAGCACCCAGAACCUGCUGCAGAAUAGCGCCCCCUAGAAUGGGGCUGAAGGAGCCCUGCCUUUGCCUUGCUGCCAGCGGUUGGACCAGACACUGAGCGCCUCUUGCCCCCUUUCCUCGCUCCGGCUUCCGGCCCAGCUCCAGAGGCCCUGCUGCCUGAAGCUGGGCUUGGCUGUUGGUUUCCCUCGUCAGCUGGAGUUGAUUGCUCCUUCGCCUCUGGCUCCGGCUGCAAGAAGAGAGGCCUGCUCUGCCCUGAGGCAGGCCAGGAGAGAGGCCUCUACUUCUACCGAUGGCUGCUUUUUCUCAGGAAUAGGAGGGAGCCCUCUACUGCCCUCCGGGGUGCGCCUUAAACUCUUUGCAUGUAAUCAGCUAGCCUGCACUCUUCUCCCUGACACCCCCCCCCCCAAUUUUGGCUGCUGUUACUGUCCAAAGUCAAUAUUUAUUCUAUUUAUGCAACUGAGACUAUGUCGCCCCAUCCCAAAUAAAAAGAGCUGGAAUUAGA